AUGAAGUCCCUCACAUCCUCAAGUACAUUGUUUCCGCCGCAGUCAGAUGAAACAACUAUAUAUACAGGAUUAAUCCAACAAUCCAGCUACCAUAGAAUGGCGAAUACUAUCUAUCGCCAAAUUCUGUCUUGUACCGAUUUCACAGCACAGCAAGUUCAAGAGGCAGAGGAAAUGAUAAAUGAGUGGCACAAAGGGAGCUCUCUCUGCUUACUAGUCACAAAUCCCUCUUCAACUCCAGACUGGUACUUGACUGCGCGUCGAAGACAGGUGCUCUGUGAUCGUAGUCUUCGACUCCUCAUCCACAGACCUUUACUUCUACGAUGGCUGAAGAAAAAGUCCAUUGAUGGAGAGACUUCAACUUCCAACUUUCCAGCUGAAACUCAUUGCCGAGCCCAGGGUCUUAAAAUUGCUCGCACCACUAUCGAUAUGAUUUCCAAUUCCUUCAUAUUGGGGCGCUAUUCCAGAUUGACCCUCUCUUUCACUUUAUAUGCACUGUUUCAUGCACUUAUCGUCCCUCUAAUCCACAUCAAAGCAGAUCCUUCCGCACCAAGUUCAAUCACUUGUAUACACGAUAUCAGUAAAGCGAGAAAUGCAUUGCAGAGCCUUCCAACCGAGCUUGAUGCUAUUUCCCGGAGCUUUGUGAUUAUAUUGGGACAACUUUUUUCUGUGGCAUCCCAAGCUGCCCCAGAAAAUAAGGCAGAUCCUGAGACAUCGGAUGGCAAAAAAUCUCUAAAGCCUCAUGAUGUUCAAUCUUCGAAAAAUGACAUAUUCAGCAAUCAAGAGUUAGACAUGCUGAAGAACCAAGAUAUCACCUCAUCUCAGGAUCUUGAUUUCUCUGAAUGGAUUCAUUGA